UCCUAGAGUAGAAAUUGCAAUCGGUCGACAGUCGCGAAACGAUCAUCGUCAUCGUCGUUGGUCGUUGUUGUUGUUCCCUUCUUAUUGUUAAAUUGCCCCGAUUAUUUUCAGUGAAACUUUUCCUUUUGUUUUUUUUUUUUUAAACAUCCAAAGUUUCUUUUAUUUUUUUUUUGUCCAAUAUACGAGGAAUAUUCAAAGCUUUUUCCUAUCUGCAAUUUAGGAAUUAUUUUGCAAACGAUCUUCAAAAUGACAACGACUAUGGAACUACCAAAUGAAAAUGGAAAAGAAACGAAAGAUAUUGGUAGAAGAAACGCAGUACCGAUCAUUCACGUUAGAGGAACUUACUAUGAUAUUGGAUUUGACAUUGGACGUACGUUCGGCAAAUUAAUUCGAGAUUAUGUAGAUGCAUACAAACCGCUACAUGAAAUUUAUAUAAAAUUGUUUAAUACCGAAAAAGGUAGAAAGGUUUAUGAUGAAACUUUACAAUGUGUAAAGAAACAAUUUCCUCAAUAUGUCAGAGAAAUUCAGGGUACCGCGGAUGGUGCUAAUGUUCCUUUUUAUAAGUUGUUCUUAAUGCAUCUAGAUGACAUUUUACCAAAUGUCAUUGAUGAAACACCUGGAAAUACUCUACCUGUUGGGUGUUCCACAAUCAUUUGCAAUCAGCCAACACAACAAAUCAUUGGACAUAACGAGGAUGCUUUGACCGAAACUUUGAACCACUGGUACCUCGUAAACGCUCAUGUUAUUGAAAACGGUUACAGAGAAGAAAAAUUUAUUUCAUUGUGUUAUGCUGGAUUUUUACCAGGAUAUACGAUGGGUUAUAACCAUCAUGGUUUAGUUUUUACUAUUAAUACUCUCAGCGCAGCUAUUCUUAGAUCUGGCAAAACACCACGUUAUUUCAUUACUCGCGCACUUCUUGGUGCUGAAAAUUAUGUGGAAGCUCAAAAAGUAUUAAGAAACGAAGGUUACGGCGCGGCAGAAGGAUUUUCGGUAAAUAUGACCUUUCUUAAACAAGAAGGUGAUAGAAUGUUUCAUAACGCUGAAGUUGGACCUGUCGAAGCUAAUGGAACUCAAUCUCAGCUUAGUAUAUUAACUGCAAGUCCGGGUGAACAUAUUUAUCACUGUAACAAAUAUUUAAGAUUGAAAAUUCCGGAAGUAACUGGUUUAAUAAUAGAUAGUAGUAUACAUAGAAUGCAAGCAAUUUGUAAACAUCCACCACCUAAGUGUCUUAAAGAUGUUAUUAACAUUCUUAGCGACCAAACAGAUUCCGAGUAUGGUGUUUAUCAAGAUAUAAAUCCUGACGACUACGUAAAAACAAUAGCUACUGGAAUUUUUAACUGCAUUGAAAAUACAUGGUCUAUUUAUACAGACAAGCCAAAUUGUAACGAUCCGAUAUUAGUCUUGCCUUUGCAAUUACAUAAUAAAAGUGAUUUUACAUGUACAAAAACAACUUGUAAAAAUAUAGUAUAAUAGCGUGUGAAUAUGUGUGAUAAGAAAAUUAAUUGACAUAAAUAUCUAAUGCU